AAUUAUCGACAAGAAUUUCGAGUUAGCUAACCAUAUGUUUAUAUACAAGUUAACUCCAUAUAUAUUCUAUAUUGAAGAUCCGAGUCAAAGAAAAAGUGUCUCACAACAUCUCAAUCUCUUAUAGUGAAAUUGUGGUAUCCACAUUAUGGGAAAAACCUCUAGCCGUGGUAGAUAUUUAACUCUUUGUACUAAAAGACUUUCUAAAAAGAAAACAUUUGUUUUAAGGCGACGACUUAAAAGAGAGAUGCAGGAACGAGCAGCUUUGGAAGCCAUCGCUAACAGUAUUAAAAGUGAAUCCAUCGAGUCAAUAAAUUCAUUUAUGUCACCUGAAGCAAUGAGUACGAAAGAAAUUAAUACUUUAGAAACGUACUUAGGUACAAAGCCAAUGGAUUCGAAAGAAAUGAAUACUUUAGAAACAUACUUGGGUACAAAGCCAAUGGAUUCGAAAGAAAUGAAUACUUUAGAAACGUACCUGGGUACAAAGCCAAUGGAUUCGAAAGAAAUGAAUACUUUAGAAACGUACCUGGAUAUAAAGCCAAAUAAAGAUACAUAUGAAAAUAUCCGAAUUUGUGAAGGAGAUGUUAAUGAUACUCUUGCUAUCAAUGACAAAAUCCUUCCAGGUAUAGAUCAUAUCCAAGAACAUGAACCUGAAGGUGAUCGUAUUAUCAAUAUUUCUUUCUUUUUGAGAGAGAUGCAUCGGUUAUUUGAUGGUCAUGCACCAGGAUUUGAGUGCAAAUUUAAAGAUUGGAUACUUAUAAAUUCGCGUCGCCGAGGGUUACUGACACAGUUCUUUUUUAAGUGUCAAACCUGCAGUUACGAAGCAAACUUUUGGUCACAUCCCACAGACAAAAAAGUUUUUCUUAUUAGUACGGCUAUUACAGCUUCUAAUCAAAAUUCAAAGAUUGGAAUUAAUGCCGAACUGAAAAAACAGUUUGCAGCUGUAAAUCUACCGUGUUUGAAUGGGAAAAUAGAUAUCCGACAAGACAUUUAUUAAUCGAUGAUAUCGAGAUGAUGAACAUUAAACAUAUGAAACUGGAAAUUAAAAAGCAAUUCGAUCGGAGAGAAAUGAAGUAGUCAGUGGCAUUCCGUAUCGUUGCGCAUGAGACGACUAUUAAGUUUGAGCUGCUGUGUGAAUGAAGUCGCGAAGUAUCCUCCGGACGAAUCGUUCUUUAUGAAUGGGUUACAUGCUGGAACUUUGAUUUGGACAUAUGUAUGCUUCUCUGUGUUUGAGUUUAUACGUUUUUUGUCGUUUCCUCUACUAAAUGUAUCUUUUUUUUUUUUAGCGAAUUUAUCUCCAUGCACCCGGUUUCGAAUACCCGUGAUCAUUUAUACAAUGUAAUCUAUAUAAUAUAAACCGACGAGAUAUUAUUAAAGACCGACAUCCUUAUGGGAG